AUGGACCUCAAGAUCUUAAAGACAAGUUUUCCACUCAAGAUUGGCAGAAUAUAUUACAACGCAUCAAACAAGGAUGGAUGCGAGAGGACGAACUUUACGACUGAUUUCAGCGGCGACCCAGAUGGAAUACUCACUCCAAUCUUUUUAGUGGACAGAGGCAAUUGUCACUUCGUGACUAAAGUUAGAAACGUCGAGAAAGCAGGUGGAUCCCUUGCAGUUAUUAUUGAUGACAGCGGCACUAUGGAUAUUAAGAAGGUAAUUAUGAGUGAUGAUGGCACUGGCACUGGCAUCAGAAUCCCCUCUAUGAUUAUAAGCAAAGAAGACGGCAAGAAGUUAAAGGAGUUUCUGACUAAGUCAAGCAGCGAUGUGGCGAGACAAGCCUCGCUCUCAGCUGAGUUUGUUUUUGAGAACAUUGAAAAUGAAGUCAAGUGGCAGUUCUUCUACACUUCAGCAAAUGACAAAGCCCUUGAUUUCAUUAGAAACUUCAGAGAUAAUGUCAUUAAGUUGCAAAGCUCAGUGCAGUUUUAGCCAAGGUUUGUGUCCUGGUCUUGUCCAUUUUGUGACUCUGACUUCAAACGCAAGGAGUGCUUCUCAGAUGGCAAAUACUGUGCAAUGAAUCACAUUGGCACCAACGUCUAGGGCAAGGACAUUCUAGAAGAAGACUUAAGGGAGGCCUGUCUGUUCAAGCUAUUGAAGCAAGACCAGUAAGAAGCUAAAUGGUGGGACUACAUGCAAUACGUGCACAGAAUGUGUUAUGAAGAGGUGAAUGAGGAGUGCUCUAAGAUGGGGCACAAGAGCAUUGGCAGAGAUUAUCAAAUCACCACCAACUGUGUAAAGGACUCGUUCGAGGGAAGCAAAAACCCUCAAGUUGACGAUAACAAGAUUUUGAAGGAAGAUAUCGCCGCAUGGAAUCUGUACGGAAGUGCUUACUGGCCCACCGUCGUCAUCAAUGACAGAAACUACAGAGGAGAUCUUGUGCCUGAUAGUGUGAUCAAUGCUCUAUGUUCUGCUUUCGCCAAAGAGCCAAGUCAGUGCAAAAAAUUCAAAGAAGAGGCUGGUAUCGCUGUUGAGCCAGAAGGCAUCACUGGCAAUGUUCUCAUUAUAGUCGUCGUUCUCCUUAUUCUUGUCAACAUUGUCAUGAUAUUCAUAUACAGAAGAUGCUCGAACAGAGAGAUGAAAGACGAUAUGUAAUUGCAAGUAAACUCAGCAGUCUCCUAGUACUUCGCUCUUUCCACGAGAAACAACACUUCUAUGUGA